AUGAGCAAUGCUGAUUGGAUAGAUGGUCCCUUGCAACAGGAACCGCCGAAAGACUUUAAGCCGCAAGCGCUAGAUCCAGAACCGGCAGACCUCAAGCCGACUCCUUAUGCCUAUGUGGCUCAGUUGGACAUGGACCACGCAAUCCUUCCGGGUGAUCACACAUAUGAGGUGAGAAUCCAUUGGUAUCUUUCGAUCUCAUCAGCCUCAUCAUGCUUGAUGCUUCUGCCGCCGACGUUGAGGAAAUUGACCUGA